AUGGAACCCCUUCUCCGCAACAUCGUCAUUGCCGUCCUCUCCCUCUCCUUUCUGACCUUCACCGUCUUCUUCGGCCGCUUGCCCAUCUUCCGAAAGACGCCCAUAGGCUUCCUACACCGCGUCGUAUGGGUCCACUUCCCCGCCUUCUUGCGUUGGUUGGACGGCAAGGUCACCGGCGGUCGCAUCUACAAGUACACCACCUGCACCUUCAACUACCUGUUUCAUGAGAAGCAUCCCCUGGUCGUCAUAUUCUUCCUCGGCCUUCUCUCCGUAGCCGCCGGCCUCUUCCUCCACGCAUCAUGGCGUAUGCUCCCGUGGUACCACCGCCUUAUCGCUCUGGAGUUGCUGCCGCUUCCCUACCUCUUCACCUAUCUUGCCUCCCGCACCCGCCCGAACACCGUCGUCACGACAUCCAACUACGCUGAGCAAGUCGCUGCCUACCCGUACGACCGCAUCAUCUUCCACCCCAACAACAACUGCCGGACCUGCCGGCUGCCGAAGCCCGCCCGUAGCAAGCACUGCAGUAUCUGCAAAGUAUGCGUCGCGCGCUCGGACCACCAUUGUGUUUGGGUCAACAAUUGCCUGGGUCGGGAGAACUACCGCUGGUUCCUUGCGUUGUUGGCUAGCACGUCGGUGCUGCUGCUGUACGGAGCCUACCUCGCCUUGAUCCUGAUAUUGUACCCCGAGGUCAACAGCCGUUUCACGCACUACGAUCACGCCUUCCCCGCCGGUUUGAUGUCCAAAUGGGCGCCAUGGCUUCUGAGGUUGAAGGGAUUCCGUGAGGAUUUGAACACGGUCAUGGUGGAAUCCAUUGCAUUUGGAGGCAUCAGCAUUACCGGAGUCGGCUUAUUGGCGGCGCUCACUUGGCCCCUGCCCCUCGGCCUACUCUCGUACCACAUUUACCUCGUUUGGGCCGGCAUGACGACCAACGAAUCCAGCAAGUGGGCAGACUGGCGCGACCAGAUGCGUGAGGGUAAUGUCUACGUCGGUACGCAGCACGGAAGUGGGUACGUAGACAACCCGCGUUCCCUGUUCCCUGGAAGAGACGGAAGGCACAAUGGACACACUCGCGCACGCGCCACUAGCAAUAGCUACGCGGAGUUCGGUCUGCGAUCCGGUGAAUUCGGACGGAGGCUAAGCGCCAUUAGUGUCGGAUCUUCUCCUGUCCAGGAGAAGAGCAACAGCGGUAGCCCCAACCUGGACACCACCAUCAUCACUAGCGAUAUCAAGAAGGAAGUUGCCGGUGCCCAGUGGCCCAACCAGCCGCACCAAGUGCUGGUCAAGACGGCUGACGGUGAAGCGCCGCGCGAGGUGCCUGCGCAACUGGAAGGUAUUGUCGACGAGGCUAGCUGGCAGCGAUGCUGGAAGCUUGACGAUGUUGAAAACGUGUACGAUUUGGGAUUCUGGGAAAACUUAAGAGAGAUUCUGGAAGGCUAG